AUGCCAGAAACAUUACGUCACCGUCGAAAAUCAAGCUCGCCCCAACGACGCACUAUUCCUGUCCGUUCGAUGCCGUCCACACAUUCUACCGGAAUUAAACAAUCUCCGAUUGUUCCGAUUGUUUCCCCCGGCCCAUGGUCGAAGUUGCCUAACCGUCGCCGUUUGUUUACUGCGGAUACUCCGCCGUCAUCUGAAGAUAUUGAGAUAAUUGGAGUCACUAACUCUGCUGUGAUCGUCCCGGACACAGAGUCUGAUGAACAUGGACAACCCCCAAUUCUCACUCUUGUGCUUGAAACGGAACCGGAGACAGGUGAUCCUAGCCCACUUGUGCCAGAUAGUGAAGCCCUAAUGAUUGCAGAUACCCAGGAGCCGGAACCGUGUGUUGGGUCCGCACCGGAUCAUGAGGAACAGGCAGCUCAGACCGCCACCCAAGGUGAUAUCGCAACAAGCUCCGAAUGCUCAGUAAUCGAAAGCAGUCAAGAGAAUGAACAAUGCCGUCCUAUAGAAGAAGACGCAAAAUCACCUUUGCCGCAAACUGAUAAUCUAGCCGUCAAAACUGAUCUCAGAGAAGCUCCUCUCGCGACGCAACCAUGUGUCCUCAUGGAAGAAUCCGUUUCGGAAAAGUCACUGACGAACCAUGUGCUUACCGUUCCCAUUCGCGAAGAAGACACUCAAGAUGCGACUCAGCUGGACGAGGCUACCUCUGUUGGGGCUGAAGACCUACCACCGUUGGAACAAACCAAACCUGAACUGAGUCUAGAUACGGUCGACGGACCUGUCCACCCGGUUGAUAAUCAGGAUACUGAUGCAGAGGCACAAAUUCGAGCCAGUUUGUCGCAGAUCGCUUCAAAAUUGGCCGAUCUCCCCACAGCGCGUCACCAGGCUGUUCUCAUGGAUGUUCUGAGCACUUUCAAAUCACUGAUGCACUGA